GUUCGUCGAUGGCCGCGCGCAUUCUGCCGCCAACCGUCGUCAAAUCGCGUCACAGACAAGAAACCUGUUCCGCCAAAGACGUUGGACGACGACAAUGGCGAUGAUAAUGUACGCCGGUAAAGGUGUAACCGGACUGUUGUUGGUGGCCGCGUUCGCGGUGGCCGUGGAGGAAACGGCGGAGUUUCCGCGGAGCAAACCGAGCCGGGUGUACCGGCCCAACAUGGACCAGAAGCAGCUGAUCGAGCACGUGAUGUUGUACGAGGAACAGUGGAUGGACGUGCUGCAGGAACCGAUCAAGGGGCUUGGCGAGCCACCGUACAUGGGGCGCGCGUUCGCCGCGCCACAGGUCAUCAAACGGGCCGCCGGGCACGAGAACGACGACAAACACGACAAUACGACCGUGUACAACGUCCGCGAAAUCGUGGCCACGGUGGUCUCGCAUUACAGCGGCAUCCGGUCGUUCGUCGAGUACGCGGCAAAGGCCGUGCGCCGGGCGCUGUCGUGCUACACGUUCCGGCGAGUGUUGUUCCAAUUGUCCAGCAUUUUGUUGAUGGUAACCAAGGAAGCCGAUGCGAUAGUCGUGCUGACCGCGGCCGACGCACUGAAAAAGAACGCAGCCGCGUACAUGGACCUGCUGGCCGCCGUUCCCGACGACGACCUGACCGCCCUGUUUCGUCUCUACUGGGAGGCCAUAAACGUCACGCAGUACGACGAAAUACAGCACUUGAGGGAACAGCAGUACCCAAAGUCGUUGAUAAUGAGCGUGACAGAAUUGAGCAGAAAUUUAGAAGAGUACAUUGCAGACCAGUGUCACAGUAUCCUGACCAACGACGAGUUUUUCCGGCAGAUGGGCAUCUGGAAGAAGACGCCGCUGAUCAAAGAUCCGAACCUGGAUCUUCUGGUGAAGAUCGAAGACUUGGAGAAGAUGACCAACGACCAGUAUACACACAUGAGCCAGUACGGCGUAAACCUGCGAAUCGUCACCAUGCCAAACCGUCUGUGGUCGACGCUGUACUUUAACAAAGGAACUCCGCCCUCGAUCAAAAGCGACUUGAUCGAGACCGCCUCGUUGGUGGAAAAUGAGGUGAUUAAAAUGAGUGAAGCCAACCCGGCGACGGCAGACCCGAAGCACGGAGAUACUACAGUACAAAUCGAAAGGAUACAGGCACCCGCAGAUUCUGAAAGUCCAAAUUGAAUGCGCCAUGGAGUCUAUAUUGAUUAUUAACUAUGAAGUUUGUUUCGUGUAAUGUAAUUAUUGUUAUUAGUGUGUUUAAAUAUUUUAAGUUUACGAGACCGUUUUGUCUAGGAUUUUCGUUUAUUAUCAAAGAUUUUUAAUAUUUUAUCAAAUGUCAAUCAAUUAAUAUU